AUGGCUUCCUUGCCCAUGCAGCCCUCGUCAGUUCGAGGUCGUAGAAACAUUCCAGCCUUCGAAGAUGGGGACACAACGGUUAUGCUGCGUCGCCUCCCGCUCGAUUUGGGCACGCAGGCGCUUUUAGAGAUCCUUGACCAGGUGGCUCCGCGACUCUACGAUCUUGUCUAUGUGCCCUUCGACAGGCGAAGGAAGGUGCACAUCGCCCUCGCCUGGGUCAAUUUCACAACUCCUGAAACAGCAAGGCAAUCCGCCAGCACUCUCUCUCAACUCCUCAGUUCAGAUCCGGAAUGGAAUGUGGAGGUGCGACCUGCCAAUGUCCAGGGGCGUGAUGCUAAUCUCGCUUACUUCAUUGCCCGGUUUGGCACUACAGCUCUUGCCAAACCCCAUGCACCACUAGUCUUCGCUAACGGCAGUGCGGUAGCUGACCGGUUGGCUUUCGUACGCCGUACAGUCUCUCCUAGUCUGCUCCGGGAGGCAGCCGACCUUGUCGCCGCGGAGAGACCCGUGCAGAGCCGAAAUGGCUGCACGCGCAGGGCCCAAGGCUUCAUAUGGAGGCCGUCGGCUUCUGCAGCCCCAGAGGACCAGCACUGGCAGCUUCCAUCAAACACGGCUACAGGGCUGGCUGGGAACACAGGCAAUGGUUGGAACUGGAGGCUUCUGCCGCCGGGCGAAAGCAACAGGCAGUACUCGCCUUAUGCCGGACCCGGCCAGGACGCUUCCGCGUUCGCCGUCUCGGAUAACAGAGACAUCACGGGCGUGGUCUUCAGUCUAUAA